AGUGAAGUGAAGCAGCAAUAACAAGCACCCUUGAGGAAAGUGCCUGGAAAAUCAUCUAGUGCUGAACUUGCAGAAGAGGUUUCUGCACAGCAUAUGGCCUCUUUAAGUGUGGUACCUGCAACAGCAACAAACACAGGACACAUUAAUACUAUUGGCGUGGAUAAACUUCCAGAAGAGAUGAAUGAAAUGAAGAUCAGAGAUGACAAGGUGGAAACUGCUACCGUCAAGGAAAUGGAAGCUACUGUUGUGGAUGGAAAUGGUACAGAGACUGGCCAUAUAAUUGUAACUACUAUUGGUGGCAGGAAUGGCCAACCUAAGCAAACCAUAAGCUACAUGGCAGAACGUGUUGUGGGAACUGGGUCUUUUGGAAUUGUGUUUCAGGCUAAAUGCUUAGAGACUGGGGAAACAGUAGCAAUUAAAAAGGUUUUGCAGGACAAGCGCUAUAAGAACCGUGAGCUGCAGACAAUGCGUCUUCUGGAUCAUCCAAACAUUGUCUCCCUUAAGCACUGUUUCUUUUCAACUACUGAUAAGGAUGAACUCUAUCUUAAUCUGGUUCUGGAGUACGUACCAGAGACAGUGUAUCGUGUUGCAAAGCACUAUAGUAGGAUGAACCAGAGGAUGCCUCUGAUUUAUGUAAAAUUAUAUACUUAUCAGAUCUGUAGAUCCCUGGCUUAUAUUCAUGGUGGCAUUAGAGUAUGUCAUAGGGAUAUCAAACCACAAAAUCUUCUGGUUAAUCCUCACACUCAUCAGCUCAAGUUAUGUGACUUUGGAAGUGCAAAAGUUCUGGUUAAGGGUGAGCCAAACAUAUCCUAUAUAUGUUCUCGUUAUUAUCGUGCACCAGAGCUCAUCUUUGGAGCGACAGAGUACACAACUGCCAUUGAUAUAUGGUCGAUGGGUUGUGUCCUAGCUGAGUUACUUCUUGGUCAGCCAUUGUUCCCUGGUGAAAGUGGAGUCGACCAGCUUGUGGAGAUCAUUAAGGUCCUUGGAACCCCAACACGCGAGGAAAUUAAAUGCAUGAACCCAAAUUAUACAGAAUUCAAGUUUCCACAGAUAAAAGCUCAUCCAUGGCACAAGAUUUUCCACAAGCGCAUGCCACCAGAGGCUGUAGAUCUUGUGUCUAGGCUGCUUCAGUACUCCCCAAAUCUUCGAUGCACUGCUUUAGAGGCUUGUGUGCAUCCAUUUUUUGAUGAACUUCGGGAUCCAAACACCCGCUUGCCAAAUGGACGACCAUUGCCACCAUUAUUCAACUUCAAACCUCAGGAGCUGAAGGGUGCUACUCCAGAUCUUCUUCUGAAAUUGAUUCCAGAGCAUGCGAGGAAGCAGAGCCCAUCUUAGGACUUUGAAUUGGCUCAUUUUCUAUGGUGGAUAAUUUUAAGUUUGAAAACUGCUUGUUAGAAAAUUGGCAUGUUGGAUGGCCAGCGGAGGACUUUUUGGUUGUAGCUGCUAGGGAGGGAAGCCAAGGGAAUCUGGAAUAACAUCCUUUUUUCUCUAUUCCAGACUUGCAGGCAGUUGUUCUUAUUGGCGUUCGUAUGGUAUAAAGCUUCCAUUUCACCACUUUUACUACAUUUUGGCCUUCAGCCAUGUUGUAUAAAGGAAAGCGCAGGGACAUUUUUGGUUGUAUCAGUCUAUCUGUAUUAGCACCACUUUUGUUCUGUCUGAGAACUCUUUGGGUUGCAGUCAAAUGAUAGUUGGUCUUUUAACCCUGCUGCCAAUGGGUGAAAUAUGAGGUAUGCUUUUAUUUAUGAUAUAUCUAGACCAUAAUUCAUGAUCUCUUUCUUGGUUGGUACAAAUCUAUAUCACACCUGUAAGAUAUUUGUAUCGAUCCACCAGGAUUAUAUCCUAUUUUAUGGCUUAUUCUGGAUUAGAAACAGUACAACAUAUCAAGUAUACAUAAUUAUAGUCGUUUAUAAGCUUGAUCUUAA